AUGGCUUUUUUCCGUUCUCUUCUUGCCGCGACGGCUCUUUUGAGCGCCUACGCCAAUGCUGCUGAAGGUGUCCAGGGUACCGCAUUCGGUUUUGCCAGUGGUACUACCGGUGGGGGUGAUGCGAGCCCUGCGGCUCCUAGUGACAUUGCCGAAUUGAAGAGCUGGUUGAGCGACGACACUCCCCGUGUGAUCCUUAUUGACAAGGAGUUUAACUUCCUCGGCCAAGACACCUGCGAGGAUUGCGACUGUUGCAUCCCUGACUCCAACAGCUGUGGCAGCUCCGGCCAGAAUGCCAUCAAGACUGACGGUUCGGACUGGUGCGGCGACUACCCGUCGACGACUUGCACUUACGACAACGCCGGUCUCGAGGGCUUGACAGUUGCUUCGGACAAGUCCAUCGUCGGUGUUGGUAGCGCUGGUGUCCUUCGCGGCAAGGGUCUGCGUCUGACCAGCGGUGUUGAGAAUAUCAUCAUCCAGAACAUUCACAUUACGGAGCUCAACCCUCAAUACAUCUGGGGUGGUGAUGCUAUCACCCUGGAUGGCACCGACAAGAUCUGGAUUGACCACGUCAAGGUCUCUCUGGUCGGCCGCCAGAUGUUCGUCUCUGGAUACGACUCUAGCGGCAGUGUCACUAUCUCUAACAGCGAAUUCGACGGCCGCACCAGCUGGUCUGCCUCUUGCGAUGGCCACCACUACUGGAGCGUUCUCGGCUAUGGAAAAAACGACAAGGUGACCUUCGCCAACAACUACAUCCACCACACCUCCGGCCGUUCUCCCAAGGUCGAGUUCGCCAACCACUGGCACGCCUACAACAACUACUGGUUCAACAACAGCGGCCAUGCUUUUGAUGUUGGCGAGAACUCCAACGUCCUGAUCGAGGGUAAUGUCUUUGCCCAGGUCGACACUCCCUCCGAGCCGGACUCUGGCAAGGUCUUUGCUGUCACCAGCUCCGACCAGUCUGCCUGCAAGUCGGCUCUGGGCCGUAACUGCGUCGCCAACUCUCUCGUCAGCUCGGGCAACCUCACCACCAGCGACCAGUCCGUUCUCUCCGACUGGCCCUCCGACGAAGGCAAGGCGGACGUUAUGGAUGUUAGCAAGGUGGCUUCGUACGUUGUCGCCAACGCCGGUGUUGGCAAGCAGGGCGGUUCUGCAGGCGCUUCCAGUACUGUUGGUGCCUCGAGCGCUACCCCGUCCGCUUCGGCUAGUAUGGUCAAGAGAUUUGGCGUUCCUUUCGUCCCUGCCUACUCUCAAGCCGGUCCCGGUGCUUCGUCUGCGCCCGCCCUGCCCUCCUUUACCUGGAAGACCGUGGCUACUCCUAAGCCCACCCUUCCGGCUCCUGCUGGCUUUGGUGGCCAGGCUUUUUAG